AUGAAACAAAUUUUGACACGCUGUGAACCAAAAGACGAGAUGAAGUUCCAAAUCAUCUCCGACCUUCACUUGGAAACUCCUGCUGCAUAUGAUAUCUUCCAAGUCAACCCUAAGGCGCCCUAUUUAGCCCUACUCGGCGACAUUGGCCAUGCCAAGGACGAAGGCUUGUUCCACUUCCUCCGAAGGCAACUGGAAUUGUUUUCCAUCAUCUUUUUGGUACUGGGCAAUCACGAACCGUAUCACAGCAGCUGGCCUGAGACAAAAGCUGCCAUGAACAAGUUCAAAACGAGUAUUGACGAGGCUCGAAGAUCCAGCGAGACGCUCGGCAAACUUGUUAUUCUCGAUCGAACACGCUACGACGUCUCGCCCGAUAUCACCGUUCUCGGAUGUACUUUGUUCUCGCGGGUGACCCAAGAACAAAAAGAAACCGUUAAUUUCGGACUGAAUGACUUCUAUCACAUUGAUGAUUGGACAAUUGAAUCGCAUCAAGAAGCACACCAUGCCGAUCUGGUGUGGCUGAACCAACAAAUUGAGUGUAUUUCGCGCUCGGAACCGGAGCGCAAGGUUGUCGUUUUUACGCAUUUCUGCCCAUCAACCCACGAUAUGGUUGUCGAUCCCAGACAUAAGAACAGCAAAAUCUCAUCGGCUUUCAUGACUGACUUAUCAAGCGAGCGUUGUUGGAAAAAUGCGGUUGUCAAGAUUUGGGCUUUUGGUCAUACGCAUUUCAAUUGUGACUUCCAAGACGUGCAGACUGGUAAAACAGUGUCCUCAAACCAAAGGGGUUAUUACUUCGCCCAGUCUGAAGGAUUUGAUUGUGAAAAAACAGUUGAAAUCUAG